UCUUUCCAACCCCUAGCAACUUCAAUUUUCAAAAUACUAUAAUAAAAUAAAAUAAUUUUUUUAUUAACAAACGCGCUGGAUAUUAUAACCAUUAACUACACAUAAAUGAGAGAGUAUAUUUGUGUGCGUGAGAAGAGUCGUUAUACAAACCAGCGGUUUUGCCGUUCAUGCUCAACGACCCCCCUACUCCCACCUUCCUUCAAACGCUUCAAAAAACCCCCCCUCCAACCCCCGCCCAUCCAUUAUCCCAAAAAUCCAAGAACCAACACAAACACACACACACACACUAAUCGAAAUUUGAAUUAGAUGGUGAUGAUGACGGCAGGUAUGGACGGUGGUGAUCGAGUGAAAGGAUCGUGGAGCCCACAAGAGGACGCCACUCUCAUCAAGCUCGUCGACCAACACGGACCCCGCAACUGGUCUUUGAUUAGCUCCGGUAUUCCCGGAAGGUCCGGCAAGUCUUGCAGACUAAGGUGGUGCAACCAGCUCAGCCCGACGGUGCAGCACAGGCCGUUUACGCCCGCGGAGGACUCUAUCAUAGUCCAGGCACAUGCUAUCCAUGGUAACAAAUGGGCCACCAUAGCACGUUUCCUCCCCGGCCGUACCGACAAUGCCAUCAAGAACCAUUGGAACUCCACGCUCCGCCGCCGUCGCCGCACCGCCGAGUUUUCAUCCCCGUCUUCCGAGUCGAACGCGGCAACGAAACUUCCAUCGGUUGUGGAGGUGAUCUCAGGAGAUUCGACGGAGUCGGAACCGGCUCCGGCGAUGAAGAGGCAGUGCUUGCAUGCUUCGCCGGUGCACAAUAACGGCGAUGGGAAGGCUGGAUUGGUGGGGAUACAGACGUCGCUGACCCUCUCACCGCCUGGAGAGAGUUUGGUGUCUGUGCCGCCGGUUGAAAGAGUUGGAAACGAUGACGUUUUAAAAAGGCAGGAGGUUGGUAUGGUGGAAAUGGGGGAGACUUGUUUGGUGACGAUGAUGCAGCGAAUGAUAGCGGAAGAGGUUAGGAAUUACAUCGAAAGCUUACGAGCUCAGGAUGGGCUUGCUUUUGGGUUUCGGCCUGCGGUCCAAAAUGGUCUCUAGACUGUUUGAAUUUUGUCUUAUUGUUAUUAUUUUUUUAUAUUAAUAUUGCUUUUUUUUUCUUGGAAAAAAUAUAUUAAUAUUACUUUGGUUUGGGGGAAAAAAAAAAAAAAAAAAAAAGCGUCUUACAAUGAAGAACUUAGAAAUGAGAAAGUCACACUUAAUGCAGUAGAUGAUAAACAUGAAUUAGUGCUAAAACAUUUAUGUGAAGUAAACGCAAGAACUAUGACUUAUCAUAAAAGUCUAAACUGAUUUGUCAGUACCAUUGUGAAAAAGAUGCAUGCCAAUUCCUCAAGCCAUAAUCACAAAUAGUUCUCAUCUCCUUGAAAUAAGGAGUUUUUUUUUUUUUUUUUGUUGUCCUGUUAAUAGAUAUGUUUCUCAAGUUUACCAGAAAUUUGCCUGGUUACAAAGAAAUUAAUUUAGAUUACAGAAAUGCCCAACUACUAUUUUAUACGGCAUCUGAGUUAUUAAUCAAUUACUCUGGAGUAAUUUAUUGCUUAAGAAGUGCACUCUUGUUUCAUCACAACUAGUAUCCUCUGCUUGUUACAUCUGAUUUCUAUCGCGCUCGUUUUUCAAUUUCAACCGUUGAUCUUCAAUUUAAUGAAAAAUAUCACA